AUGUCGGGAUUCGACCUGGCACAGCACGUCAACCAGUACCUGAAGGACAACAACUACCCGGUGCACUCAAUUGCAAAGAUCAGCCAGAAUCCGGAGCGAUCGAAGCAUCUAGAGACGGCGACAACGAGUGUACUUGACCAGCUGGUCGACUUUGUCAACCUGCGCAGCGAGACGUACAAUAGUGAUAGCCGCAUUCCCGCAAUUGAGUUUGGCACACCCACCGAGGACGCGUACAGACGGGACAUCACUAUCAACGCACUGUUCUACAAUAUCCACUCGCGGGAGGUCGAGGAUUUCACAGGCAAGGGGCUGGAGGACCUGAAGAAUGGCAUCGUUCGGACGCCGCUGGCGCCAUUCGAGACAUUCCGGGACGAUCCGCUGCGGGUGCUGCGCGUAAUUCGGUUUGCCAGCAGAUUUGGGUACGAGAUCGAGGAGGGCACAGCGGAGGCGCUGAGCCGCCAGGAGAUCAAGAAUGACUUGGAUGUAAAGAUCAGCCGCGAGCGGGUCGGUGUCGAGUUGGAGAAGAUGGCGGCAGGGCCAAAUCCGCUGCUGUCGAUCCAGAUGCUGCUGCGGUUUGGGCUCUAUAAGAAUGUAUUCCGGGCGCCGCCGCAGGACAUGUGGGUUGCCGGCCUGAUGGGAGACAUUGCAGUAUCGGAAACGCUGACAAAGUGUGUGCUGGACAUUGUGGAAAGGAGCACGGAGAUCCUGCGUGGCGUUCCCAGCGCAUAUGACAUUGGCCCGAUCGCUCGCCGCCAUCUGGUCCUGGCCGCAUACAUGUACCCGUACCGUGGCAUCACCGCCAAGGACAAGAAGAAGGUGCUGCCUGCUGCACAUCUGGUGAUCCGCGAUGGCAUCAAGCUGUCCAACACCGACGUGGACGCAACCCUGUGCAUGCACAGCUUUGCACCGAAAAUCUCUGACCUCGUCAGCCGCUGCGUCGCUGGCACGCUUGACCGCAAGACCCUGGGCCUGCAGAUCCGCGAAGUCGGCUCUCGGUGGUCGAUGGCUGUGGCAUUCUCGGCUGCUGUCGAGCUGCUUGAUGGACGGCCGCUCGAUGAAGUCGCUGGAAGAUUCACCAUGUACACAAAGAUGGCUGUCGACCAGGGCCUUGUGGAGGCAUUCAAAGAGAAGCACAUUGUCGAUGGCAAGAGCGCUGCCAAGCUGCUGGGCAUCAGGCCUGGCCCGGCGAUCAAGGGCAUCCUAGAGCAAGUCAUGGAGUGGCAGCUGGAAUUCCCCUCAGGAACGAAGCAGGAGUGCGAGGCAUUCAUUCUAGAGAACAGACACAGGUUCCAAUAG